AUGAACCGUCACACUUUUCCAGCCGGAAAAAGCAUUGCUCACAGCGAAAUCGGUUCUGUUGAUUUACCUGGAAGUUCGAGAAUAGUUAGAGCUCAAAUUUCCAGAGGAAUUGAUGCGGUGGCUAUCCAACUGAUGGAAGACCAAACUUUGCAGCAGUGGAUACCCCGUUAUGGAGACAGACUUGCCCUAAAAGAUUUUGGUAAAAGGCACUUAGCUCUGAAGAAGUCCAGUUUGAUAGAGAUAUUGAGGAAGAGAGUUAUGUUCACAAAUGCUAAAAUAGCUGAAAGGGGCUAUUGUGAUAGUCAACCCCAGAAAAAAAAAAAAAGGAAUGCAGCAACAACGGCGGCAUCGGCAGCACUAGCAGCAGCAGCAGCAGCAGCCUCCACGAGAGAGGAGGAAAUGAGACUGCUCUUUGGCAGGAGGGAUUCCUCGCCUCGAUCACCAAGCAGGAGGACGAGUACGAGAAGUACGAGCAAGAGUGACAGCAGGAGUGUGGGUAGUGGGAGCGUUAGCUCAGAAGGAGAAUUCGCCACCCCAAAAGAACUUAACUGGAAGCAGGACGACAUGUUCUGGCAGGAAGAUACGUUCGGUAGUAGCUCGCUCGACUUGAGCAAACCUGCACCAGAACGCACAAUGAGAGAAGAUUUUCUAGCGGCCAGUGCGGACCAUCAGGAACUAGAAGAGGAAGAAGAUUUUAUAGUUCAAAGACUCAAACGGAAGAGAUGGGGGUCGCCACGCCUUAGGCAGGAGCCAGGAAGGCUGGAGGUGGACUCCAAGGACUUCAGACAAAUGGUAGAAAAACUGAAGAAGAAUAGCGAUCAACUUCGGACGCUCGUGAACAGUAACCCCAACACACAGAAGGGAAUAAGGAAAACGAUAGAAGACUUAGGGUACCUCAUGAAGAGCUUCGUGAAGAGGUGCGAGGAGUGGAAAGCUCUCUCAGAUAGUUCAGACGCCCAUAAAGGAGCUGCGUCGGAGUACAAGGAGAAGGAAACAGGAGGAAGUACCAGGGAAGCAGGCACACAAACAUCUACUGAGGAGCAGCUUGGCUGUGCUAUGGAGAAGAAGCACACGAGAGACCAAGGCACUCAAACUGGAACCAUCGAGACUGCAGACCUUGAGAGAGUAGCGACGUUCGAGGCAAUCAAAGGUCUGCUCGACAGAGUUUGGCCGGAGGAUAUAUACACGAAGACAACCAUGGAAUGGAAAGAUCUAGCUACACUGAUUGCGGACAAGGAUGUGGCAAUUAUAGUAGAUCCAGAAGACAAGGGAGACAAAGGGCUGAUGCUAACCAUGAGGCAGAAAUUUCCGGAAGCACAGGAUAUGCUCAGUACACUCAAGGACAGCAAUAUCGAGUACCUAAUGAGAGCCAAAAAAACUCCACAAGCAGAGGAGAGGACAAGGAAAGGACAGGGUAUACCUUUCUGUUGCCCAUAA